AUGAGUAAAUUACCGACACAUAGAACAUCAUUAUCGCCACCAAAAUCAGCUUUUCGUCGAUCACUCACCCCAUCAAGUCCUCAGCGAAGAAGUCCCUUUAGAGAAGAUACACCGAAUGGUGAAUUGAGAAUUGAUGAUCGAGUUACCGUUCGUGGAGAGUCGGGCACAGUAGCAUUCAUUGGUUCAACAAACUUUGCUGCAGGCGAAUGGAUUGGCAUAAUUCUUGAUGAAGCUCACGGCAAAAAUGAUGGUACACAUGGCGGUAUUCGCUAUUUUGAAACGGAUGCCAAUCGCGGCCUUUUCUGUCGGCGUGAUACAGUUCAACGUUUAUCACUGAAUGGUGCUUCUCAAAGAAACUCAGUAUAUACCCCAUCAAUACUUCCUACUAUAGAAGAAACCAACAAUGCAACCAAUCACCCACCAUCCACUAUAAAUCUUGAGCUAGAUGAUCGAGUCAUUAUUCGUGGAAAAAAAUACGGUACUCUAAAAUACAUUGGUAAAUUUCAUGUCGAUGAUGGUAUAUGGUGUGGUAUUAAAUUAGAUGAUCCAUCGGGUAAACAUGAUGGUAAAGUUGAUGGCAUACGAUACUUUAAAUGUCAACAUCGAUAUGGCGUACUUGUUCCUUUACAUCAUGUUGAAAAAGUCGCCAGUAAUUCGAGCGACUCACGAUCAUUUCAAAGACAAUCGAUGAUUUCCACCGAUUCCUUUGAUCAUUUUCGUGAUUCACCUAGUCCAAAUUCGAACAUUUCCGAAAUUUCAAAUUCACCAAACAGUAUGAAUUUGUUUCCACCGCGAUCACCGAAAAAAAUUCCGCAACCUAAUUUUUCUACUGAUUUAAAAACAAUCAGAACCUUGUCAUCGCCAGCAGAAGUAUCAAAUCUACGUGAAAAACUGAAUGAAAAAGAUAAAUCGAUUGAGAAAUUUAAAAAGGAACACCAAAAGGAUCAUUUAGAACUUUCAGAAUCAUUAGAAAAAAUUCAUAGCAUGAAACAACAAAUCACAACAUUACAGCACCAAUAUGAAGUAAAAGAAAAUCAAAACGCACAUUUAAUACAAGAGCAAGUUCAAUUAAGGCAACGCUUAGAAAAUUUACAAUUUCAACUUGAAGAAUAUCAAUCUCCGGAAUCGAAUCUAGAACAGUUAAUUAAUGAUCCUCAACUAGUAUUGUCUGUCAACGGAAUCGAAAAUUUCGCAGAAACAAAUGAAAAACUUGCUCAACUUGAAACUAUUAAUCAAAUUUUAACAGAUGAAAAAGAAUUAUUGCAGCAAGAAUUAAAACAACUACAUGAAAUGAAGGAAUCUGAAACACAAGCAAAGACAUAUAUUGAUGAAUUAGAAAGAACAAUCGAAACAUUCAAACUUCAAAUCGCUGAUCUUCAAAGUAAAACUAAUCAAUGGAACGAAAAAGAAACAUUCUACAAACAGCAAAUCAGCGAAUAUCAAUCGAAGAUGGAUCAAAUCACUAAACAAGAUGAGAAUAAUCGACUAAAACUAACAACAUUCGAACAAGAAAAAUACACCAAUGAAAAAAAAAUUAAAGAUCUAUUGACUGAACUGAGACGAUACAAGGAAAGUAUUGUGCCUGAUUUAGAAGAAGAAUGUCAAAUACUCAAAUCAGAAUUACAAAAUCGAGAAGCAACAUCUAACGUGACGCUUAGCGAACGAGAAACAUUCUAUGAAAAGCAAAUUAAACAGUACGAAAAUAAUCUCAAUCAAGCUAUGCGAGAAACUCAAAAUAUUCAAACUGAAUUAGCUAAAUUAGAAACAGAAAAAGCUACACAUGAUGAAAACUUCAACACUACAAUUAAUACAUUAAAGCAAGAUUAUGAACGACAAUAUGAAAUAUUAAAAGUGCAAUUAACUCAAUUAGAAAAUAAAGAUCAAACCCAUAAUAUCAUCUUAAACGAACGUGUAGGUUAUUAUGAAAUACAAAUCAAAGAACAUCAAAUGAAAAUAAAUCAACAUGUUCGCGAAAUAGAAUUGCUUCAAACUGAACUAACAAAUUUACGAGAAGAAAAGUUAACCGAUGAAAAACAAUGGGAAUCUAUGGUGCAGAAGUUCAAACAAGACUAUGAAAUACUUCACGCUGAAUUACAAGACCGAGUAGAUCGCACACAAAGCGCGGCUAUAAACGAAUGUGAAGUACAUUAUAUAUCGCAAAUCAAAGAAUUACAAAUCAAAAUAAAUCAAUCGUUUGUUGAAAUCGAAGAACUACAAUCUCAAUUAACUAAAUUUGAAGCAGAAAAAACAAUCAUCGAAAAUCAAUGCAAAGAAACUAUCAAUACUUUAGAACAAGAUCAUCAACGACAAUCUAAAGAACUUCAAAAUGAAAUCGAUGAAUUAAAUGAGCGAGAACACAAAGCACAUAGAGAUGUUCAUCAACGUGAAGCAGAAUUUGAACAACAAAUAAAAGACUAUGAAAAUCGAGUAGAACGUGGUCAACUUGAAACUCAACGAGUUCAAAUUGAAUUAGCUAAAUUUCAAGAAGAAAAAUCAAAACUCAGCAAUACAGUUAAUACAUUAAAAGAAGAAAUUGAAAAACUUAAAGCUGAAUUGUUUGAGCGAGAUCAUCGUGAGCUUACAUCAGUCGCACAACGUGAUUAUGCUUCUGAAAUACGAAUUAAAGAAUAUCAAAUUCAGAGCGAACAGGAUAGUCGCGAAAUACAAGUUCUUCGAACUGAAUUAACAAGUUUACAAGAAGAAAAGGCGACGCAGGAAAAACAACUCAAUGAUAUGACAAUAAAAUUUGAACAUGACUAUGAAACACUUAAAAAUGAAUUACAUCAGCGAGAUCAAACACAGAACAUGGCUAUGAACGAUCGUGAAAUUCAUUAUCAAUCUCAAAUAAAAGAAUUACAAAUCAAGCGAGAUCAUUCACUCCUUGAAAUUCAUGAUCUUCAGUCUCAUUUGCGUGAAUCACAUGAAGAGAAAACUACUCUUGAAAAUCACUUGAAUGAAAUCAUCAGUAAUUUAAAACAAGAUCAUGAACGACUAAGCAGCGAACUUCAAAAUGAAAUCGGCGAGUUAAAUGAACGAGAGCGCAAAGCACAUAAAACGGUUCAUCAACGCGAAGCAGAGUUCGAACAACAAAUAACCGACUAUGAAAAUAGAAUCGAACAAGCUAAUCUCGAAACUCAACGAGUUCAAAUUGAAUUAGCUAAAUUUCAAGAAGAACAAUCGAAACUCAACCAUACCAAUAAUUCAUUGAAACUAGAUGUCGAUAGACUUAAAAUAGAAUUACAAGAACGAGAUCAAACACAGAAUAUGGCUAUAAAUGAUCGUGAAGUUCACUAUCAUGCUCAAAUAAAAGAAUUACGAGAAGAGAAAAUCACGAUCGAAAAUCAGUUCAAUGAAACUGUCAAUAAUUUAAAACAAGAUCAUGAAAGACAAUAUGAAGCAAUCCAAGCUGAAGUAGAAGAAUUAAAUGAACGAGAACGUGGAAUGAAUCGAGCUCUUGAACAACGUGAAAUAGAAAUCGAACAGCAGAUAAAAAAUUUUCAAGAUAAACUUGAACAAGCUAAUCUCGAAACGCAACAUGUUAAGUCACAAUUAGUAGAAUUACAGGAUCGAGAUCAAACACAAAACAUGACUAUGAACGAUCGGGAAAUUCAUUAUCAAUCUCAAAUAGAAGAACUACAAACUCAACGAGAUCAAUCGCUUCUUGAACUGCAAGAUCAUCAGUCCCGAUUAAUUCAAUUACGCGAAGAGAAAACCACCAUCGAAAAUCAACUUCAUGAAACUAUCGAUUCGUUAAAACACGAUCAAGCAAAAAAGCAAAGACAAUUUCAAUUUGAAAUCGAUGAAUUAAACGAACGAGAACAUGGAAUAAAUAAAGCUCUUCAACAACGCGAAGUAGAAAUCGAACAGCAAAUAAAAGAAUUUAAAAACGAAUUAGAACAUGUUCACGGUCAACUAUCCGAAGUACAACAAGAGAAAAUGAAACUCGAUGAUAUCAACAAUACAUUACAACAAAAUUUGCAAAGACUUGAAGCUGACUUACAAGAUCGAGAACAGACACAGAAUAUGGCUAUGAAUGAACGUGAAAUUCAUUAUCAAUCUCAAAUAAAAGAAUUACAAACCACGCGAGAUCAAUCACUUCUUGACAUUCAAGAUCUUCAAUUGGAAUUGCAUCAAAUGACUGAUACUAUCGGUAAACUAAAUCAAGAUAAUAAAAAACUUCAAAAUAACUUAAACGAAAGAGAACAUCAACAAAAACAAAUUCUUGAAGAACAUGAAUUGCAAUAUAAACAACAAAUUCAUGAGCAUCAGAAGAAUCUUGAAGUUUCCAGUCAGGAGGUUGAAAAUCUUAAAUCGGAUUUAGCAAAUUUACGAGAAGAAAAACAAGAGAAUGAAAAACUAUUAAAUGAUUUAAUGAUGUCAAUACAAGAAGAUUUUCAACAACAAAUUGAAACUUUGAAAACAAAAAAUGUUCAAUUACAACACGAUUAUGAUACAACAACAAAUCAAUUAACCAAAGACAUUCAGGAUUUACAACAAAAAAAUGAAACAAAUGUAGAACAAAUUAGUCAAUUAAAAACUGAAUAUAGUCAACGUACGGAAAGUUUAACUCAAAUAAAUGAAAAACUUAAACAAGAAUUAGACGAUUUUAAAAAUCGAAAUAAACAAACUAACAGUCAGGAUAGUAAUCAAACUACUGACAAUAAUAAAGUGAACGAUCAAUUAAUGAAACAAUUAAAUGAUCUACAACAAAUGUAUGAUGAUAUUCUUGAAAAAGAAGCUAAUAUGGAACAAAAAUAUGCAGAAGAAAGAAAAGCUCAAGAAAACAUCAUGAAAGAAAAAAUUACUGAAUAUGAAACGCGACUUAUCUUAGCACGAAAUGAAUAUAUGGUCGAAAUGCAAAAUACUCAACUUGAUCAUGAUCAAGAAGUACUUCGUUUAAAAAGUCAACUUCAAGAAGCUACUGCAACUAAGAAAAAAAAAUGA